AUGGAUGAACAAAAACCGCGACGACAGGGAAGACUCUCAAAUGAAGCGCCGAAGCCGAAACAAAAGCGAAAGCUCCCAGGCGAAGAAAUAGGAGGAGUCCUUGGGAGAACGCGCAAAGCGUGGAUGCGAAAGCUCGGUCCCAAAUCUCCCACCAAGCUGAACGAUACGCGUUUGAAACGAAGAAGCGCAAAGAAGCAGAAGAGCUCGGAGGAGGCCGAGGCCCCAUUAGAGUCUACCGGCGUGGAGCCAGGACUCCCAGAAAACGUAUCAGAGCACCCGGAAGAUGUACCGGAACCGCAGCCAGUAAACAGCGAUGUGAGUAUCGUUAGAGCCACCAAGACAACCGGGCAGUGCUUCAGAAUCCAAAACGUGCCACCAGCAUGGAGCAAAUACAUUUUACUCGACUUCCUUCGGAGAGCUGAUGAGUCGCUCCAAAGCUUAGAUGAGAGUGAUAUCUCGCUCUGCCCUGCAUUUUCUGGCCCGACACAGACGGCAUUACUCUAUCCGGAGGAGACACCUGCAUGCCUUCGAUGA